GUCCAACAAUACACCGGCGGGCGGUGGCGCAGUGUCAGCAGCAGCCAGUGUCAGGUGUCUCUCCGGGGUUUCACAGAAAGAGUGAGUCAACGGAAGUUCGCACAGGUGCUCAGGUAGCUGCAGAGAUGGAGAGCGGUCCAUUCAGCCGUCGGUCCUGGGCCACGCAGUCUCUGCGCGUCACCGCCAAGGAGCUGUCACUGGUCAGCGGCCGAGGCAAAACGACCGCCAUCGCUGAGCGCUUUUCCAAGUACCAAAAAGCAGCUGAGGUUUCCAGUGCAGACAAGAAAAAGGGAGAAAGUAAGACAGCGUCCCUGCGGUCUGGCAACCUGAGUGCUCUGAAGAAACGCUGGGAGCAAGCUCAGAACCGUGAAGACAAGACUUCUCCCUCUGGCCCACCUGCAAGUGACAGCGGCUCUCACCGUCGACCCCCUGCCCUCACCAGGCUUCCGUCCAUCAGGGAGAAACCCCCUCCAGUGAAGAGCCCUGGCCUGCUGACCACUCAGGGAGGACCAGAGUCCACAGCCAGUCGCGUCCAGACUUCCACAGCAGCUCCACAGGCGUCCAAAUCUGAAGAGCUGAACGGGAUGGAUAGGGAUGAGGUGACAAACGGCAAAAUACCUGAAAAGCUUGAAGAGCAAGUUCCGACCAGCCCCCGUGCCUAUUAUGAAAAACCCAGCGUGCCACUGAACAACCUGAAGAUGAGGUUUGAAAGAGGAGAGGACGCCACGGGCAAGGGCGGCCGGACGAUGCUGCGCAGUACGUCAUCAGACGACAUGGAUCAGCAAAAGGGUCCAUCUGUGUCCGACCGAGUGUUAGAGUCGUCAUCACUGAGGGAGAAGAUGGCAAAAUACCAGGCUGCUGUUUCUAAACAAGGCGAUGAAGCCUCGAAGGCUCCUGCACCUCACAAACACACACCUACACCUGAGUGCAACGGUGAGAGCAACGAGUCGUCCAAAGCAUCCAGGAAGUUCUGCCCACCAGCGAGGGAGACAUGUGUGGCUUGUUCGAAGACUGUUUACCCCCUGGAGAGACUCAUGGCCCAACAGCACGUCUACCACAAAAGCUGCUUCAAAUGUACUUUCUGCAACACGAGGCUCAGCCUGGGGACCUUUGCCUCUCUGCAUGGGAACGUCUACUGCAAGCCCCAUUUCAGCCAGCUGUUCAAAACCAAGGGCAACUAUGACGAGGGCUUCGGCCACCGUCCUCACAAAGAGCAGUGGGAACCUCGAGUAAAUGGAGAAGAAGAAGAAGAAGAAGGAGCAGGUGAAGAAGUGGCCAAGCCCAAAGAACGAGCGCAACCUCAACUCCAAGUGAUGCGUUCAACUGAGGACACCUCAGACACGGAGCCCACCCCAGAUGUGGAACCGUCCUCACAGCUGAAGGUUACAGAUGUGGCCGCCCUACUGGAGACACGCGCGCAGACGCGUGCCACCUCCACCGAGAAACAAUCUACAGAGAAGCCAGCUGAGACGCGCAGGCUGAGAAUCGCAUGGCCUCCUCCUGCUGGUGAGGGCCACGCUGUGAAGGGACCACUGAGUCCACUUACAGAGGAGGUGGCUUCAAUCCGACCAGGAAGAGCCAAGUGGCCCCCAGACGACGAGGAGGCAUCGUCCUUCCAGAGCUCAGAGCGGGUUGAACUGAAGAGUCUGAGGAGGAGCCAUUCUCUAAAGGAGCGCAGUCGUCCUUUCACUCUCGUGGCUAAGUCCAACCCUGCGCCCAGUCUGGGGCCCAGGGAGCGUCGGCGCCCCCUCAAGUCCCUUCUGGAUUGGAGAGCGUCAUUUGAGGAAAAAAACCCAUCAGAUAAAGAAAAGAAACCAGAGGAGCAGCAGGAGAAGAAGAAAGAGCAUGUGAUGCCUAGUAAAGACGCAGCACAUGAGAGGAAGAGCGUCUCAGAGGACGAGGCCACUGUGUCCAAGCAGCAGGAAGACGGAGACGAACAAGAACACAAAGAAAGUGUUGCAGCAGCAGCAGCAGCAGCAGAGGACGCCUCUCUGAGGAGCAGCAGCUCUCCAGACCUCUCUCCCUCCUCUUCUCCACCUUUGCAGCCAAAACAGAACCGCGCCUCCCAGGAUGUGGGCUUCUGGGAGGAGGAGAAAGAAGGAAGUGACAACGAGGAGCCAAGUGCCGAGGAUAUAAUCAAGAGGAACCGCUACUAUGACGAGGAGGAUUCUGACUCAUAGGAACAAGUCAAUGUCUUACUGUCACGCACACUCACCAUUGUUAGUCUUUUCAGGUCAGCGUAGCCCACAAAUGUAGGUAUGCCACUUUGCAAAAAAUGUGUAAUCGGUGUGUGUGCGUGUGCACAUUUUUUUGAUGAUUGCCUUUUUUUUUUUUACAUUUUAAUUAUAUACUGUAAAACAUCUUUUAUAUCUGAUUAUACUGGAAGAUGGAAUUCUAUUAAAGUCAAUCAGUGCAUUUGUGCAUCUCAUGUUCUGAUAAUUAUAUGUAUUAUCAGUGCUGGUAUCAAAGCAUCACUUAACUGUAUAAGUGCUUUCUAAUCACAGAGACAAGGAGACUGCAUCAAGAAAAACAGUCAUUAUGUGUAUUUUGCUCCCGGUAGAACAAAGAAUGAGCAUAAAUAUGCUGUAAACCAAAGAGCAAACAACGGCACUGUGUUUUUAAGAUGUUAAUAUGUGCUGUAUAUUUUUAGGUUUGUCCCUGACUACAAAUUGUAAUUUGAAUAAAAAGACAAAAGCCACAUGAGUUUGUUCUGGAUUAGGGUCCAAACACACUGUACAUACUCUUCUCUCAUGGUUGAAGACCUUAUUACAUGCACACUUACUUCCCUCUGCUUCACCUGUGUCACUGAACAGUGCUUUACCUUUUCUUAGCAGCUAAAUAAUAACAACACACACAAAGAACAAGCAGUACUUUUCCAUAAAGGCUUGACAUUACAGUUACAUUACAUUUUUAUCUCAUCAUCUCUUUCGGGUCUUUGUGUUUUUCAUGUUCAAAUGUGAUCUGAAUUAUAUUACAGGUAAAACCCACUUAUACUCUGUAAUGUGCCAUGGAAUAAAUAAAUAUUUUUAAUCCUAUUUUAUACUGGCAGGUUGGCAAUUUCAAUUUGAACACAAUGAAAUGAUUAAAAUAAACAAAUUUUGACGCAAA